CUUUAUCUUUGUAUUUUUAUUAAAUACACAUGCAAACACUUCAACAUUUAGCAAAGCACUCGAUUAUAUUUUUAUAUUUAUGAGUGUUGGCGAGACUGAUAAAUUCUUGGAAAACGAUAUGUGCUUCCCGGACUAAGAGAUAGUAUAUAAAGAAACCCGUUUUUCGCUUCGGCACAACAGAUUAAUCUAUCUUUUUGUAUCGCACUGAACUGUUAAAAUGAAGUAUUCCAUAUUAAUUUCGAUUUUGUUUCUGCAUUUCGCUAGCGGCUAUUUCUUCAAAGAGAAGAACCAGUAUAUUAGGAUCGACCUGAUGAGACAAAAAUCGCCGAGGCGACAGCUCGUGAAUCACCAGAAUAUACUUGCAAAGUACGGACUCGACGUGAAAGGGCCGAAGCCACCCCGAACGAAUGACACCAUCAGUUUGUUUAGAUACAUGGACAACGAAUUCUACGGUAAAAUAGUGAUCGGAAAACCCGGCAAAACGAUGAAUGUAGCCUUCGAUACGGCAUGGGACGUGUCUUGGGUGCUCUCUUCAAGAUGCCAAGUAUAUAUAACACCCGGUUGUGCUGGACAUAAUUUGUACAACCACAACGGAUCGUCUUCCUACAAAGAGAACGGUACUCUGUACAAUGCGAACGAAGGGACAUACAAUUUGACUGGUUUCUACUCCUACGAUAAUAUCUCCAUGGCUCAUUCAAAUGUAACUAAUUUCUUGUUCGUUGAAAUGGUGGAUGUUCCGGCUUACAUGGCGUCGAAUAAAGCUGACGGUGUAUUGGGAUUAGGCCUUCGAACGGGCGACUACGAACCGUUUUUGUACACUUUAUACAGACAGAAGAAAAUUAAGAAUCUCCUGUUCUCCGUUUAUUUGAACAGAGAUCCUCAAUCGACCAAAGGCGGAAAUAUCAUGCUGGGCUUCGUUGACAAAAAGCACAUUCACAUCCAUCAACUGCCCAACGGGGCGAAAGUGUACGAUAACAUAACGUAUCUGCAAGUCGACGCCGGGCAAUACUGGAUGUUCUCCGUGGACAAAAUCGACUUGGUGUUCACCAAGCGGAACAAAACAACGUUCUGUCCGAACGGUUGCAAAGCCGUCGCGGAUACCAGCUCGAACGACAUCAUCGGCCCGGAGAGCGUGAUAAAUCAGAUACACGACAGUAUGAAUGCUAAAAAAUUCGAAGAUAAAUGGGUGGUCGAUUGCGAUAAGAUCAGCAAGCUGCCCAAAAUCGACUUAUAUUUGGGCGGAAACGCUUUCCGUCUGGAAGGCAGGAACUAUAUUAAAAAGGAGAAAAACGACACUCUGCCGUAUUUCUUAUGCGUAUCGGCGUUUACUCCGAGUUCCACGACACCGACUGAAGGGCUUUGGGUAUUAGGCGGUGCUUUCUUAUCGCAAUAUUACAGCAUCUACAACAUCAAUGAAAAGACGAUCGGUUUCGUUAGGGCUGCCUGAUUAUUUCCUACUCUUAUCUACUUCGCUUUAGUCAUUCUAAUACUUUUCUUCGUUUUGUAAUUCGCAUAAACUGU